CUUCUACCUAGGUAGGCGUCUCUCUUUCAACAGGAUUCUUCUGGUCCGAAAUGGCGUCUCUAGCACAGCAUGCUGAGAAUGACUUCCCACCCAUUCGGGCCUGCAUAUUUGACAUGGACGGCCUCCUGAUAGACUCCGAAGACGCCUACACCCAUGUCACCAAUACGAUCCUCCACGAGAACGGUCGUCCGACACUCCCCUGGCACAUUAAAGCGCAACUUCAAGGACGACCGGGUCCUGCUGCGGGGAAGAUCUUUCACGGAUGGGCACAAUUGCCAAUUUCACAUGAUGAGUUUACGAAGAGGCAGAUAGAACUACAAGCAGAGGCGUUCAGACAUUGCAAACCGCUACCUGGCGUGGAGAACUUGCUGCGUCGCCUGCAGAACGCAUAUACCCGAUCUCAUGGCGCCAUGAGUCCAGCUGCUGCGGGCAGUAAAGUCCAUUUGGCGUUGGCCACGAGCUCGCAUUCGAGAAAUUAUGAGAUCAAAACGAAGAAGAUGAAAGACAUGUUUGACAUCUUCCCAGAGAGGCACAAGAUAUUGGGCGAUGACCACCGGAUACCGAAAGGACGAGGCAAGCCAUUGCCGGAUAUCUAUCUGCUGGCGCUGCAAUCUAUCAACGAGACGAUUAUGAGCGAAGGGGAUGGUGAAAGACCCAUAGAGCCUCGUGAGUGUCUCGUAUUUGAAGACAGUGUACCUGGAGCCGAGGCCGGUAGAAGAGCAGGCAUGAGAGUCGUUUGGUGUCCGCACCCAGGACUGUUGGAAGUAUACAGAGGUAGGGAAGAGGAAGUUCUUGCAGGACGAACAGGGGAGCAUAAAGAAGACGAUCUCGAACAUGCCGAGGGCAUUCCGCUGGCUGGAAGUCCUGGCCAUGAAGGAGAGAUUGGCGACGGGUGGGGAGAGAUGCUGGAGACCCUGGAACAUUUUGAUUUCUUCAAGUAUGGUAUCAGCUUAUCCGAUGCACGUUAUACAUCGGAGAACGGCCAGCCCGCUCUUGAUGGGACCACGGAUAAGGAGCUGGAGGAGAUGACCGCCCUCGCAGAUGGGAAAAGGCAUGCACCUGAGGAGCCAUCGCCUUCGAGGACGCCGAUUCCAUAUUUGACAUGAGACGCUUUGUUAAUUGACACGUCGUGACAUAUGGGAUGGUGUUUGAGAAAACGACUGUAUAUGUAUUUCAAUCUUCAGCCCUGAGGAGAGGCGUCUGUUCU